GUUAGCGUCGCCCCAGGCGCCCAGAUGGUCUGUGGGCGCCACCGAGUCCCUGGUUCCGGCCGGGACGCACCGCCGAGGCCUAGGGGCGAGUGGAAGGGGACGUGGACAGUCCAGCGCCAGAGGGCCCCCCCAAAGACGCACGGCACCGAAGCCCCUCGGAGCGCAUCCCCAGCCUCUUCUUGAAAGUCAAUCCAUCUUCCCCUAGCUUUCGAGCGCCCCGGGACCCCGGGGACUGCCGAGCUGGGGGGGCGCUCGAGCUGCGAGGAUCCGGGCUGCCCGCCGGAAGAGGAGCGGGCGCCCAGGAUGGGGUGCGUGAAGUCCAAGUUCCUCCGGAAUGGAGGCAAGGUCUCAAAAACCGAGCCCAACACCAACCCACACAACCCCGUGUAUGUGCCGGAUCCCACGUCCUCGGGCAAGCGGUGGCCUGACAGUAGCAAUGGCAACCCGCCAGGGUCCACAGAGGGUUCUGAGGAUAUCAUUGUGGUUGCCCUGUAUGAUUAUGAUGCCAUUCACCAUGAAGACCUCAGUUUCCAAAAGGGGGACCAGAUGGUGGUCCUGGAGGAGUCUGGGGAGUGGUGGAGAGCGCGAUCUCUGGCCACCCGGAAAGAGGGCUACAUCCCAAGCAACUAUGUCGCCCGUGUCAACUCUCUGGAGACAGAGGAGUGGUUCUUCAAGGGCAUCAGCCGAAAAGAUGCAGAGCGCCAGCUCCUGGCCCCUGGCAACGUGCUGGGCUCCUUCAUGAUCCGGGACAGCGAGACCACCAAAGGGAGCUACUCUUUGUCCGUGCGAGACUACGACCCACAGCACAGGGACACGGUGAAACAUUACAAGAUCCGCACGCUGGACAAUGGGGGUUUCUACAUCUCACCCCGGAGCACCUUCGGCAGCCUGCAGGAACUGGUGGCCCACUAUAAGAAGGGGAGCGACGGACUCUGCCAGAAGCUGACAGUGCCCUGCAUGUCCUCCAAGCCCCAGAAACCUUGGGAGAAAGACGCCUGGGAGAUCCCCCGGGAGUCCCUCAAGAUGGAGAAGAAACUUGGAGCUGGGCAGUUUGGGGAAGUCUGGAUGGCCACCUACAACAAGCACACCAAGGUGGCCGUGAAGACGAUGAAGCCCGGGAGCAUGUCCGUGGAGUCCUUCCUGGCAGAAGCCAACCUGAUGAAGACUCUGCAGCAUGACAAGCUGGUGAAGCUGCACGCUGUGGUCACAGAGGAGCCCAUCUACAUCAUCACGGAGUUCAUGGCCAAAGGCAGCCUGCUGGACUUCCUGAAAAGUGAAGAAGGUAGCAGGCAGCCAUUGCCCAAACUCAUCGACUUCUCGGCCCAGAUCGCAGAAGGCAUGGCCUUCAUUGAGCGGAGGAACUACAUCCACCGAGACCUUCGGGCCGCCAACAUCUUGGUGUCUGCGUCCCUGGUGUGCAAGAUCGCCGACUUUGGCCUGGCGCGGGUCAUCGAGGACAACGAAUACACGGCGCGGGAAGGGGCAAAGUUCCCCAUCAAGUGGACAGCUCCUGAAGCCAUCAACUUUGGCUCCUUCACCAUCAAGUCAGACGUCUGGUCCUUCGGUGUCCUGCUGAUGGAGAUCGUCACCUAUGGCCGGAUCCCUUACCCAGGGAUGUCAAACCCCGAGGUGAUCCGUGCACUGGAGCGUGGGUACCGGAUGCCUCGACCAGACAACUGCCCGGAAGAGCUCUACAACAUCAUGACUCGCUGCUGGAAGAACCGACCCGAGGAACGGCCCACCUUUGAAUACAUCCAGAGUGUGCUGGAUGACUUCUACACGGCCACCGAGAGCCAGUACCAACAGCAGCCGUGAUGGGGGCGGCCAGGUGGGGCCAGGCGCUGAGGCCAUGCCUGCGUGGUGGCUCCCGGUGCCCGCUCACCCUUUCUAUUCUCAGACACCCACCCUCCCUCCAGCCAUAAUUCCUCAUCUGCCAAGUGGGUGGGUCGGACUGGACACUCUCUUUUUGACUCUGGCGAUCCACAAUCUGCAAUUCUCAGGACACCUCUAUUGCCUGGGAUAGCUGGAUUCUAGUUACUGCUGCGGUUUGGAUAGAAAACUUUAAAAAUGAUUAAAUAAAUAUUUAAAUAAAAGAUCUGACUGCUAAAGGUUUUACUAAUAGGUUAGCUUUUCUUGUCUUGCCAGUUUUGGAUCAUUCGCCCUUUGGUGGAUGACAAGUCAAAGGGGGAAGGACUGGCAAAGAGAAGUGGGGUUCAAUGCUCCCAGUUUUCUAACUGCCCCCGAAUACUUGCUGGCUAUAUUACUUUCCUAUGGCUUCUGUAACAAAUUAGCACAAACUUGGUGACUUGAAACAAAACAAACAUAUUAUCUUACAGUUACAGAGAUCAGAGUCUGAGAUGGGUUGGCAGGGCUGCGUGCUUUCCGGAGGCUCCAGGGGAGAAUCAUUCCCUUGCCUUUUCCAGCUUCUAGAAGCUACCCAUGUUCCUGGUUCCCUUCUGCUCAUCACUCCAAAUUCUGUUUCCAUCAUCACAUCUCCUUCUCUGACCCUGACUCUGAGGCCUCCCUCUGUUACUUGUCAGAACCCCUGUAAUUACACUAGAGUCACCUGGAUAAGCUUUGCUGAUAGCUCAGUUGGUAAAAAAAAAAAAUCUGCCUGCAAUGAAGGAGACCCCGGUUUGAUUCCUGGGUUGGGAAGAUCCGCUGGAGAAGGGAUAGGCUAACCACGUCAGUAUUCUUGGGCUUCCCUUGUGGCUCAGCUGGUAAAGAAUCCGCCUGCAAUUUGGGAGACCUGGGUUCGAUCCCUGGAGAAGGGAAUGGCUACCCACUCCAGUUUUCUGGCAUGGAGAAUUCCAUGGACUAUACAGUCCAUGGGGUCACAAAGAGUCAGACACAACUGAGCGACUUUCACUUUCACCUGGAUAAUGCAGGCUAAUUUUCCCAUCUUCAGUUCCUUAAUCACAUUUGUAAAGUCCCAUUUGCCACACCAGAUAACAUCUUCACAAGUUCCAGGAAUUAGGAGGUGGACAUCUUUUUUUUUUUUUUUUGGAGGGGGACUACUAUUCAUCUGUCACACUGGAUGGGUUUUUGUCUCCAAAGAGCUGCAUGUGCCAGGAUGACAGGAAUGACUUUACAUGACCUGGGACAAUGACUCUCUGGCCAAGCCAUGUUUUUAUGCAAGUUGGUUAGUCUGGAUCUCCCCCAGGGCUGGGGGCUGCCAAUAGCCCCUGCAUUUCCCAUGGUCCAGCAAGCCAUCACGGUUGUGAUGGAAUCCUACAGUCCUACAGUGGAAACGUGGCUCCUGAGAAGUAUCUGCUACGCUGAGUGGGAAGCUCUCAGAGGAGGGGAGGCGUGGGGGGAGAGGUAAGAAGGGGGCAGAGAAGACAAGGAGGCAUCGGGGCCUUCCUGCCUGUUGUCUUAGUUGAAAGUCCCCAGCGGUUAGCCUUGCUGUAGAGGGAGCGAUAGGAAGAGUUGGGCCAUGGGAUGGGGAGCAAGUGACACCCUUCUGUAUUCUUAUAUGUCCUGAAGGAUCUAUAUCCUUUUGUGAUACACCCACCAGAGUCCCAUGGAACCCUAUACCGACUUGAUUCUGUACCCCUGAGUAGCACCAAGUCUAACCUUAGGCACUGUGUGUAAGAACAGUGGAAAAUAAAGUGCUUUAACUUA